CAACACCGCCUUCUGUCAAAAGUUUUCGGUGCAUUUAAUGUUUUGUACAGUUUUUCAACAAUUCUAUUUAUUUAUGCCGGAUAAUGAAUGGUUUGUAACAAAUUAAAGACAAUGGCAAUUAAUUAUGUGUCUACCACCAGCUUGCAAUUGAUUUAAAGCGGUUAUUGUGCACCAUAACCUCACAAUUUGUAUGACAACCCAGAAUGUAAGAAGCUAAUCCUUCGGCGAUGAUCUUCACACUGUACUACAUGUAUUCGACGAUAAUCCAAUGGUGGAGGCUGGGUUGUCUACGAAACAAGCUCAGCGGCACCCUCAACAGCCACAACGCCCUAAUGGUGUGCGCCGGCAGUACGAUAUCGGAUUCGAAGCACAAACGUUGCCUGGAAAAUUUGCUAUUUCACAACGAAGAUCGAAUCGGAUGCACCGUCGUGCCAAAGCAACGAGUCGACCUAAGCCAGUGGCUUCUGUUCCCGAAGGAUCUAAAUUACUUUCCGAUCUUCAUUUCGGACGCGAACGUCGCCCUGAGAUCGCCCAAGAUCUAUAUGCUGCUCCGAGCGAGGCUCGACGAUUACAGGCGUCACGAGAGCGAAAUCAUUCAGGUCGAGAAUUUCGGGGAGCUCAUAGCGUGGAGGGCGCAAGAGAACUUCGAGAUGAUUUUGAAGACCGACUUGAACAACCUCACCAAAUUUGUACAUUGCUUUUUUGAUCAUAGUAUCGAUAUCAAUCACGAAUUAAAUCUUCUGCAUAUCGAGACUAUAGAUAUCGAAGGUAAUCCAUCCAGAAUAAAGUAUAAUCUACGAUACCCCUUGGAAUAUAGAAUAAAGUACUCUCUAGCUCCAGUUCAUUGGAGGAAGUUUACGAACGAUUUAAAAUCGUUAUACUUAAAACUAUCGGAUAAUCUAUGCAAUAAAUUGGAACAUCCGACGAUAACGAUCGAAUCGACGCCGAAAACGGUGCCGGUUUCCGAGGUGAAGCCCAUAAAGAAAUCCCUGGAGGCGACGAAACACCAUCACAAGACGGUACGGAAGGAGAGCAAAAAUAAACUCGAGGUGAGCACGAUCGACUCGCGAAGGCCUAAAUCGAACGAGCGCAAAGCGAAAUUGGAGAAGACGAAGCACAAAACCGCGUCCGUUAAGCGCAACGAGGAGACCGAGCCGCCCCCCGCUGUUAGAAAGCAGAAACCGCCGAAGUUAGCCAAAUGUGCCAACAGUCUCAUUUCUUCCAAAACGCCUGUGACCGAAACUAACGGCGUUACGAUCAACUCGAAACCGCCGAACGUUUUAGUUUACGCCGAUAGUGUAGUUGCUAGGGAUAACGUUAAGAACGUUCUUCACACAAUCUUAAAUAAUCACAAGUACAUGGUGUACGAUUUUCCAGUCAGUGGUAGUCAACAGUUGUGGCUGAAUUCGACAUCCCUGAUCGUGGUGUGCGGAAACGUCGCUCCGGAGAUUAGUACUCAGUUUUUGGAGUAUUUAGUGAGCGGCGGAAAGUUGCUGUGUUUAUGCAGCGAUCUGCUUUACAGUGUUCUUCACAUAUUUUCAACUGCCGAGGUACGCGAACACGAACUGGUCAGAUUUUCCUACGAGAACUGGAAGCGCGUGAAGAUGAUGCACCACGUUUUCUGCUAUCAAGCGUCGCCCGCUAAACGCCAGUUCUCCAAAGACUCGGAUCAGUCGAACAGUUCGCGAGGUUCCAGUCCCGUGGCGCCGAGGAUGCCGUCGGCGGUCGAAAUUCAGCACGGCGGAAAGAAGUACGUGGUGCAGGUGCAGGUGCUCGGCGCCGAGGAGACGUGGCAUACCCCCAGCUUAUUGCUGGCAGCUGUAAAAGACACCAAGGGGGUUGCCAUUUUUUCUCAGGUCCACCUAGAGAUUGAUCCGACUCAGUACCAGGACGAUGAGAGCAAAUUCUCGGCACUAAACGACAGCAAUACGGCUCGAUUAGAAAUACUGAGGCACCUACUCUCGCAGCAUUUAUCGUUAGAUUGCAACUCGAUCGUCGACAUUGGCUACUCGCCCGCGUACUUUCUAGGAAUCCACGAUGUCAAGCAAGAACUGCUGACGCAGUGUGACGCAAUUAAAGAUGGCCGGUUGGUGAACGAUAAAAUUACCGUUCAUUUUCUGGGAAAGGAAAUGGAACCGGAACCUGCAACUGCGACGUAUUUACCGGUUUUAAUUCACGCCUGUCCGUCGAAUUUUUCGACCGUGCAAUAUUUCGAGGCACUGAAAACCACUGAAGUAGGUAGACUAGUUAUUUACGCGGAAGUACUCACAAGUUCCCAAUUAUUGCUUGCCAGAAAACUUAGGCACGGUUUUACUGUGAUAGUAAAACAGCAGACACAGGGAGUGGGUCGCUCCAACAACCAGUGGCUCUGUCCCGUGGGUUGCGCGAUGUUUUCUUUACAAUUGCACGUGCCGAUGCAGUCGACCUUGGGGCGUUCGCUACCUUUAGUACAGCAUUUGGUGAUGGUGGCCAUCGUCGCAGCAAUCAAGCGGAAGGCGGGUUAUGAGGACAUCGAUUUAGGCCUGAAAUGGCCGAACGACCUGUACGCGAACCGCAACAUCAAAAUAGGCGGCCUUAUGAUCAGCACCAGCGUCUUCUCCGACGUUGCCGUAGUGAACAUCGGGUGCGGAAUCAACCUCGAUAAUCUCCUACCUACGACGUGCGUCAACGAACUGAUUAGGCUUUCGAACGUCGAGAAAAAAACCGAAUUACCACCUAUAGCGUACGAGGAGUUCUUCGCGAUCAUUUUCAACGAAAUUGAGAGCGUCUACAAUUUGGUGCAGGGCGGCGAUUUAGAUCUGCUGUUCGAAUUAUAUUACAAAUACUGGCUGCAUAGUGGGUCGGAAGUGAUGGUGACCGACAAAGAUGGCGUCGCGUCAAUGGCUAGCGUAAUCGGAAUAGACGAGUUUGGAUUUCUGAAGGUUCGACUGAAAGAUGGCAGUUUGACAAGCGUGCAGCCCGACGGAAAUUCGUUCGAUAUACUGAAAGGGUUGAUCGUUCCCAAACGUUUUUAGAAAUAUUCACUGGUGUCCAACUGACGGAGCACCGUUCAAUUGAUGUCUGCUAAGUGUCAGUGCCAUUUUAUCCUUAAUAGUCGGCAAUGAUCCACUGUUUAUGGUGCGGUCUUGCUUUAAUCGGUGUUUGUGAGGAUGCACAUUCCAUUUUAUCAAAUUCUAUGUGUCGUUGAGUUUUAAUAUUUUAUGUUGUUUGUUGAGAAUUAAAAAUGAUAGUUUUAGAGA